GCUUUCUGUUCAGAUUUCUUUCUGAUUUCUAACUGGAGGUACUACAUCUAGAGUAAAUGAACAUUUGCUGAGAAAGUAAAGGACAACAAGCCUCAAAAAAGGCUUCUAGAGGCACAGGAAUGUGGCACAAAAUUCAGAUAUUGCUCUUAUAUUGCGUUGCCAGUGAAGUUUUGAUGGCAAGGCAUCUUGAUUCUAGAAGAAAUUUCUCCCAAGGACUUUAUUCUGUAGCAGACAGUGGUUCUGCUAAGUGGAACAGGAUUAAAAGGAGUCUGUAUCAGGGGAGGUCCUGCAGGAUACGAGGCUGUUGCACAGGAAGAGAUGAUGACUGCAGCUUUACCAUUGUCUCCAGAGCAGCCAUAUGUUACUGUGACCAGUACUGCACCUCAGGCUCUCCUGGGCCUGUAGACUGUUGUGCUGACUACUGGGAUGUCUGCAGCCACCCUGUGGAGCCCACCAGGUCAGAGGAGCCUUGGCUGCCUCCGGCAUGGGGUUGUUAUAAAGAUGGCCGAUAUUACGGAGAAGGAACAAUAAUUAAAGACAACUGCAAUUCCUGCAAAUGUUUCAACAGUCUCUGGAAAUGUUCAACAGACGUAUGCCUUGUUCGCCAAGACUUAAUUCAGCACAUCAAUUCUGGAGAUUAUGGAUGGAAAGCUGACAACUACAGUCAGUUCUGGGGAAUGACAGUGGAAGAAGGUUUCAAAAAGCGCCUGGGCACCUUCCCUCCAUCUCAUUCUUUGUUGAAUAUGAGAGAAGCUCCUGGAAAGUCACUUCCAGAGGACAAGUUUCCUGAAAUUUUUUCAGCCACUUAUGAGUGGCCUGAGUGGAUUCACGAUCCUCUGGAUCAGCGAAACUGCGGAGCAUCCUGGGCUUUUUCAACCGCAAGUGUUGCGGCAGAUAGAAUAGCAAUUCAUUCAAAGGGUCAGAUCACAGACAACCUUUCUGCUCAGAACUUGAUCUCUUGUGACACCAGGAAUCAACAUGGAUGUAAUGGUGGAAGUAUUGAUGGUGCCUGGAGGUAUCUGAAAACACACGGGGUUGUAUCGUAUGCUUGUUAUCCAUCAUUUUGGAACGAACACCUGGGGCCGUCAGCUGAAAAUCAGUGUUAUGUGUCAAGUGAGCAUGGAAAAAACCAUACAAAUGGGCCAUGUCCCAAUGCUUUUGAAAAAUCCAAUCGGUUAUACCGGUGUGCCUCUCACUACAGGGUGUCCUCAAAAGAAACUGAUAUAAUGAAAGAAAUCAAGGACAGAGGACCAGUGCAAGCUAUAAUGAAAGUGUAUGAAGAUUUUUUCCUGUACAAAGAGGGAAUAUAUCGACGCUCCCCGAAAGCAGGAUCUAAAUGGAAAACUCAUUCAGUCAAACUCCUUGGGUGGGGAGCAUUACGUGACAAAAAUGGACAGAAACAGAAGUUCUGGAUUGCUGCAAACUCCUGGGGAAAAUCCUGGGGAGAAAAUGGUUAUUUUAGGAUUCUACGUGGACAAAAUGAGUGUGAUAUUGAGAAGCUGAUUUUAGCUACAUUGGGACAGCCAUAGUUUAUCUGUACCAUACUCUGCUUGAUGUAUCUAUUCUUCCCACUGUUGUAUAUCGAGUCUUUAUUGGGAAAUAAUAAUGUCUUCUCCCUAAGUUACCUUUGUAUCAGCCCUCAUGAGGUCUUCCUGGAACACACUGCAGAAUUCACAGCACUCUUGGAUCUCACCUAGUACAAGCAUAUUUUUAGACUAAAAGCAUGUUAUAUCCAGGACUACUGAAGACCUUGAUGGCUCACAGAGCAGGAAGUUCCCUCCUGAUUGAAAAAUGCCUGAAAAAAAUGGAGUUACACUAUUAACAUUAAUCUCUUUACAAUACAUACAAUGAUCAGAAAUUAUUUCAGAAAUAUUAUGUGCUCUUCCAAACAAAAUUGGCUCAGACAGCUCAUGGUCAUACUGGAUAAUAAAUUCCAAAGAAAUGUAAGUAGUUCUGAUCCUGCAGCUGAAGAAUUAUUUCCUAUCUGCCUUCCUUACAACUAAGUAGAUAAGUUGUAUCUAUGUAUCAAUAUCUCAUCCAGGAAAUUAAUUUUUUUCCCACAAAGUUGGUGCAUUCAGUGUAAUACAAAAAUAGCUUGCAGUGACAGAGUUUAUUCCUGUUCCUGCAACCACAUCCAAAACUGUACAAUUUUAAUAAUGUUUUAAUUAAAAUAUAAAAAGAAAAUGUAAUUUCUUCUUAAUUCAGCCUAGACUAGACUAAUUACUGAACUGCUUGCCUUCCACUCCCUUUUUAACCUGAGAAAAGGCAUGUGCCAACACUCCCCAAAGCCUGUUGUAAACAGAAAAAGAUGGAAAAGAUAUUCUGUUGUUUGUCUCAACUGACACAUCUGUAAUCCAGGCACAGUUCCUGGUGCUGGUGGUCAGGAUCACUAGUGCAAAUGAGACACCCAGAAUUCCCAAUGCGUCCAUAGCUACUUCUGUCUGAAGAAGCAGCUUUUUGACCCAUAUCCCCUCCUAUAAGCAUUGCUGGAAAUCUUGACAAGUUUGAGGACUGUUUUGCUUAUUUGCUAAUUAAAAUAUCAAUAUUGAAACUACUGACAUAAGAAGAAAUUAAAUACUUUCUAGCCCUUUCAGUUUCAAUUAAUCCAAAGGCCAAAUGCCAACUGGAAUAAAAUUAUCUAUGAAAGAAAACAUGGCAUAUUAAAUAAAUGGGGGGGAAAAGCUGCCAUGAAAUAUCAGUGAACAAAGAAUUUCCAGGUGUACCUUCAGUGUAUUUAAUAAUGUCCAUUCUAUCUAGAAUAAGAACUUGUUUUCUAAUGUCAUCAACAAGUUCCUUCAAGAACUUUUCAUGGCAGUGGUAUGCAACAAAUGCCCAUGCCUCUGAAAUAACCUCUCUUAAACUAGAGUUGGGCGACAAUUUAUGUUGUAUCACUUAAAGGAGCUAUUGUUAAAAUGUCAGUACCAUACUGCAGCACAACAAGCCUUCUGCAGCCUUUAGUGUCAUAUAGUAAACUGAAUUUAGACACAAAAACCCUUUAUCACUUGAAAUUUGUAGAAAAUUGUAACAUAAGCAAUUUUAGAAGCUCUAAGUGCUCUGAGAGAAAUAACUCUUCUAGUUUUAGUGAGCUAAGCCAGUACUUGAGAGGAAAGUGUACUGAAUCAUCUGCACACCUAUUUCCCAACCUCUUGGUAUGUAUUGAUUCCAUAAAUGUCAAGAUUUCAGAAGAGUAUAAUUUAACUUUGGAGUGAAUGACACUGUAAAAACACAUUCAGUAAACUCUGGGGAGGGAUUAUUUAUUUCAACUUCAAAUUGGUUUGCACUGCUGUGGCUUUUACUUUUGCCAGCAGCUGUCACUGCUCCUGAUUUCCUUAUGAGACCUUUCUAAUAUCUGGUAUGUAAUGUUAAGCUUCUUAUUUAGGACGGUUGCUUUGUCCUGGAUACCCAGAGUGAGAAUCCUCAAGGUGAGCUUCCCUGGGGCAUGCUGAAAUCAGGGAGGCUUCAGAACUUCAAGCCAGCACUGGGACUCAAAGCUGCAAAGCUUUACGUGCAGCUUAGUGCAACAUGUUUUAUAGGAAUAUAACCUGGAACAAGAGGAAAAAGAACUCCCACGGACAUAAGGAGUAAGGACAAGACAAGUCCUGAGAACAAGAGAACUGUUUUCCGGUAGAUGCAGGGAUCAUGGAAAGUUGCCAGACUAAGAGCAAACCUGAAGAGAGGAGCUACACUUCUAGAAAUCAGAAUAAGAGAGAGAUAUGUUUGUAAAUCUUUUCAACAUAAUGUUUUACUAGAGAUGUGACAGGAACUUGCACUUGGGCACUUAAUGCUAUACCUACCAUUUGGAAGCUGUUUCCUAUAUGAACUUGCAUCUUUGCAUCCAUUCAUCACUGCAAGGACCAAGCUUUUAUCAGGAUAGAGGCUGUGUCCUUGCCUCAGUUAACAGCAAAUUAUAACACUGCUUUAUUAUAAGUUCUCCUGUAUCUCCUCAGUCAAGAUACAUCUGUAUCCAGUUAUCACGUUUAUUUCCAGACAAUGUGGAGUCUCCCAGCUCUUGAAAUUUUCUGGUCCCACCUUGUUCAGCAGUCACCCUGACCCAAGGAUGGUGGCAGAAGUCAGAGAGGGCUGCAGAGCAAGCACCUCUGACUCAAGUAAGUUUUAGGGCAUAUUAAAGACUGAAUGAAUGCAAUGAAAGGAAUAAAUUUUCUCUUUUCUUUAUAAGUCUAGCUGUCAAAUGCACACACAGUGCAUGUUAUUUCUUCAUCUAUAACAAUUUAUUGUUUUUUCUGGAAAUCUUUAUCAUGGAGCAGCACUAUACAAAGCUUUUCCUGGAGAAGGCAGCUAAAGAAGAAGCCUGAGGCAGGAGGUCAGACUCUACUCACCAUUGAAAUCCUCUGUGCUUUAAAGGUUUUGGGGUUCUUGAAGCUCUGGGCUGCCUCAGGCUCUGUAUGAAAUAUUUUAGGCUUAUCUGGAUGUUUUAUUCAGCUCUUCCAAUAGUGAUAGUCACACAAACACAUAGACAGGAACCCAUUAAUUUAAACUGCUGCCUUAUUAUAAGCACAAUUGCAUUUCCAUUGCAAAACUCUGGAGACUAUAAUCGUAUAUUUCUCACUGCAGCAAAAUGUGCAUACAAACACAAGUAUAGUUCAUUAUGUCUAUCAAAUCAUAAUAUAUGGCCCAAUAUGUCAUCAAAGGAAAACUCCUAGAAAACUUCUGAGCAGAAGACAAAUAUUUAGUCCUAAUGUGCUGCACUGUCAUACUGUGAAGGAUUCAGCUCUUGGUUCAAAUUCAUCAGCAAUAUUGUUAUUGCAUGUAGUUGUAAUACUGCUCUUACUCAGAAUGAUAGACUUGGAAAAGACCUCUAAGAUCAUCAAGUCCAACCCUUAACCUAGCGCUGCCAAAUCCCUAACAUGCACCCUUAAAUGGCACAUCUACAGCUCAUUGAAAUACUUCCAGGGAUAGGGACUCAGCCACUUCCUUGGGCAGACUUUCCAAAGUCUUGAAAACCCUUUCUGUGAAGAAAUUAUUCCUAAUAUCCAAUUUAAACCUCCCCUGGCACAACUUGAGGCCAUUUCCUCUUGUCCCGUCACUUGGCAGAACAGACUAACCCACCAAUUUUUGAUAAGGUGCCCCUCCAGCCUCCUUUUCUUCAGGCUAAACAAAUUCAAUUUGCUCAGCCUUAUAAGACUUGUGCUCCAGCCAAAAGCCUUCUCUUCAUCAAGAAACUUGGAGACAGUGAAACUGUUGGAAACAAUCAAGGAUUGUUUGGAUUUUUGGAAACAAGGUUUUAUAAAUUGCACGUCUUCUUUUUUAAACUACAGAAGAAGUUUUUUUAAGAGCACUGUGUACUACUUACUAGCAGGAUCCCCUACAUGUGAAAAAGUGUAUUAAAAGUGUGACCUCAAUAGAACCCAAAUUGCUGAAGUCUGUGAAAGUCUUGGCAUCAGAAGAAAGGCAAAAAGGGUAUAAGAAGAGGGAGGGGAGAAGUGGUUUAAUAAUUCUUUCUGGUUACCACCAGGUAUGGAAGCAAAAACAAAUUCUACUUUUGUCUUGGAAACAAAAUUCAGCAAGUUUUUCUAGGCUUCAGCUCAGUCUAAAGUAAAAAAUAAGGCCAUAUUUACAGAUUUUUCAGCAAGUCUGGGCCAAGCUUUGACAAAGUCUAAAGCAGCAAUAUGUUUCAACUGGAAUCAUCAUCUUGUUAUAGUUCCACUCCACCCAGUCUGGCAUGAAACUCAGUCCUGUUUCACUCUAAUUUACUUCUUGGAAAACUAACAAAAAUCAAAAUGGAUUGUAACAGGAGAUUAUCUCAACUGUACUGAAGUAAUGCACCAGAAUUCAAAACAAACCAAAACCAAAAUAUCUUUGAUGUCUAUUAAAUAUAGAUCCUGCCAAAUUUCAUACAACACUGCUAAAAAAAAUACAAGAGCCACAGUAGUGGCUGCCCUAGUGACAUUUUCAAGGUGAAUAACUGCAUAAGGAUUCAUCCAAUAAAAUAAGACAGAGGGAAAAAGUACAGCUAAUCACUCAUUUUUCCAAGCCCUGAAGAAUUUAUUGUUCCAUUAAACAGGAAACCUUCCUUCUUUGAGUGAAGUUUGGAUGAACAGAUGGCAUUUCACUAAUUGGCUACUUUUAGUGUGGAUUUUUGUUCACUCUUCUGAUGCUUCUCUGUCCCUCAUGGCAUGCUGCCUUUUAAUGUGUUUGCAUUUCUUGUGUUACCUUUGUUAUUACUGAUGUGCUGAUGUUCGGGACACUGAAGGUGAUAUUAAAAUAAGGUUGCAGGCAA